GAAUUGAAGUUAGUGGGUGGUAUCACACAAUCAACAAUAGUGGGUACCCGCUGUUUUCAAUUUGAGUCCGAAAGUCUCUUUGCGUUACCCGUUGCUGCCCUUUGUUUUGCCGUUUCAAUUUUUAUGUCGGUUCAGAGCGUUAUUAUACAUUCAACCAAAGUAAAUUUUUCCCAGACUUCCAUCAUGUUAGACUCUGAUUCCGAUUCUGACGAUGGCAUUUUACGUCCUAAUGGCUACGUCGAUGUGGAUGUGGACCUCGUUGAUAUAAGCUUUGGCGGGAGAGACAGCGGGGGCCCUCCCCCUGCCAAAAAGACCCGUAGGGGUAAAAAGGGCAGAGCUGCUGCCAGGCAGUCACUUGAUGACACAGACACUCCUAGUCCAUUUGCCGAUUCUUCAGCGACAUUCGAGGAUUCCCCUUCCUUCACCAUUCCUGACGAUCCGGAACCAAGUCCUUGUCCAGAUGACUCAAUAGUCAUUCAGGAGGAAAGGGAUGAAGUUUCUCUCGAAGAUAUUUGCGACAAAGUGAGACGUCAGCAUGAUAGGAAGAUUGCACAAACUUCUAAGCGGGCAACACGAACAUCUCGCAGAGCAGCUGCCAGAGGUGGUAGGCCUGUAGAAUUGGACAAUGAGGAGAGUAUAGUAAUCUGUCCUGAGGACAGUCCUGAAGAUGUAUUCGAUUUGUCAUUGAACCAAUCUAGUUUUUGCUCUGAUGUGGAUGACAGUACAGCACAGUCUGAGGAACACAAUGUGGAAGUCUCUAUUCGAGUCGUCUGGAAAGGAUCAAAUACAAAAAAGUUUUCGUUGCGCAAGUAUCAGAAGAUCAAAGAAAUUUACACUUAUUAUGCCAAUCUAGAAGGAGUUGAUGAGGGAAGAAUAUUAUUUACACUGCGUGACAAACCAGUGACACCAAAUGACACUCCCAUGACUCUUAACAUUGGAGUUUCAUCUCUGGAAGGGGGAGUGAUCGAUGAGGCUGAUGUGCCAUCUCACGGUGCCCAAAAUGCAGACUCUGAAGCCCAAGAAGAUCCCAAUGCUCUAAGGCUACAAGUUCAGAGGAAAGGAAUGAGAGAUAAGCAUACAGUCUAUGUGUAUCCUCAUGAAAAGAUAUCUGUACUGAUAUCUAAAUUAUCUGAGGAUUUGAAAAUACCUGUCAGCUCUUUCAAACUCAAGUUCGAUGGGGAUUUCCUGUCCCCUGAUUCUACUCCAAAUGAUCAUGAUAUGGAGGGAGAUGAAUGUAUUGAUCUAAUUGAAUAAUGAAUCAUUGUGGAAGUUCUAUUAAAUUGUGGUUCCUUUUUUU